GGAGGAGGGGUAGUUUUGGCGCCAAAUGCGAGCACACCAACAAGACAAGAAGACAAGAAGACAAGAAGAGCAGACGACGUCACUUCUCUCCUUUCCACGCAGAUAUCCACGCAGCCGCGGCUUGUUAGGAGCACGUAGUAUCAAGCCAACAUGGACGAGGCCAACAAGCUAAUCGGCGCCGGGAAGAAGCACCUGGUGGCGGGCAAGGUGGUGGAGGCUGUCGGCGCCCUGCAGGAGGCCUGUGCCGUGCUAGCUAAGAAAUAUGGCGAUACAGCAGAUGAGUGUGCAGAAGCGUUCUUCUGGUGUGGUAAAGCACUUUUGGACUUGGCAAGGAUGGAGAACUCCGUACUCGGUAAUGCUUUAGAAGGAGUCCCAGAGAACGACGAUGAGGAAAACCCCAAGGACUCCAACAUUGAGGCCACAGAAAAUGUUGAUGAGAAGACCAGGGAUGAGCUGAGGGCUCAGGUGUAUGAAGCCAUGGCAGAGAGGUCUGAGGACGUGCAGAAGAACGAGGACGGUGAGGGAAAAGGAAACUCAUCUGAGGUAGGUGAGGGCAACAAGAAGGAAGCAGCAGACAAGAUGGAAGAGGAGCCGUCUGACAAGAAGGUGGAAGAAAAACCAGCAGAGAAGACGGUGGAAGGAGCUGAUGAGGAAGUACAACCACAGGACCAGAAGGAAGAACCAGAAGACAAGCAGGUAGAAGAUGAUGCAGCAGACAAGAUGGAGGAAGAAGCUGAAGUACAAUCACAAGACAAAAAGGCAGUAGAGAAGGUAGAAGAGCCAGCUGACAAGAAGGAAGAACCAGAAGACAAAGUAGAUGAGGCCGCAGACAAGAUGGAGCAGGAAGAAGCUACAGUACAACCACAAGACAAAAAGGCAGUAGAGAAGGUAGACAAGAAGGAAGAACCAGAAAACAAGAAGGUAGAAGAUGAUGUAGUGGACAAGAUGGAGGAAGAAGCUAAAGUACAGCCACAAGACCAGAAGGUAGAAGAGCCAGCUGACAAGAAGGAAGAACCAGAAGACAAAAAGGUAGAAGAUGAUGCCGCAGACAAGAUGGAGGAGGAAGAAGCUAAAGUACAAUCAGAAGACAACAAGGCAGCAGAGAAGGUAGACAAGAAGGAAGAACCAGAAGACAAGAUGGAGCAGGAAGAAGCUAAAGUACAAUCACAAGACCAGAAGGUAGAAGAGCCAGCUGACAAGAAGGAAGAACCAGAAGACAAAAAGGUAGAAGAUGAUGCCGCAGACAAGAUGGAGGAGGAAGAAGCUAAAGUACAAUCAGAAGACAACAAGGCAGCAGAGAAGGUAGACAAGAAGGAAGAACCAGAAGACAAGAUGGAGCAGGAAGAAGCUAAAGUACAAUCAGAAGACAAACAGGCAGCAGAAUUGGAAGAACCAGAAGACAAGGAGCAGGAAGAAGCUAAAGUACAAUCAGAAGACAAAAAGGCAGCAGAGUUGGAAGAACCAGAAGACAAGAAGGAGCAGGAAGAAGCUAAAGUACAAUCAGAAGACAAAAAGGCAGCAGAGUUGGAAGAACCAGAAGACAAGAAGGAGCAGGAAGAAGCUAAAGUACAAUCAGAAGACAAAAAGGCAGCAGAGACGGAAGAAGCAGAAGACAAAGCAGACAAGAUGGAGGAGGAGGAAGAAGAAGCUGAGGAGGACAUAGCGGAAGAAGCUGAAGAUGGCGAAGAAGAAGACAUGCUGGAUCUAGCUGAACACAGCAAUGUUGCAGUAAAGGAAAGUGAUGAUGAUGAAGAAGAUGAAGUCGGGAACCUUCAGCUGGCCUGGGAGAUGCUGGAAAUGGCUAAAGUCAUCUACAACAGAAAAGAGACAAAAGAGGACCAGCUGAUGGUAGCACAGACUUACUUGAAGCUGGGGGAAGUUUCUGCUGAGUCAGGGAACUACACACAAGCGCUGGAGGACUUCCGGAAGUGUCUGAGCCUGCAGCUGAAGCACCUGGACUCUGACAGUCGGCUGCUGGCAGAGACUCACUACCAGCUGGGUCUGACCCUCACUUUCAACCUGCAGUACAAAGAAGCCGUGGAAGAACUCAACCGCUCCGUGGCCGUCAUCAAGAGCAGGCUGGAGAACCUGGCACAGGUGCUCCUCAAGGCUUCUGGCCCAGAUCAGCUUCCCGAGGAGAGGAAGGAGAUGGAGGAGCUGGAGGCUCUGCUGCCAGAGAUCCAGGAGAAGGUGGAGGACGCCACUGAGGGCAUGAAGUCCAUAGAGGCUGAUGCUGAGGUGCUGGAUGGAACCACCUCUCCCUCUGCACCUGACUGCAGCACUCCUAUGCCCUCACACUCUGACAUCAUGACCGCCGUCACUCCCGUGUCUGACAUCAGCCACCUGGUCAGGAAGAAGAGGAAGCCAGAGGAGAGUCCUGUGAAGGAAGGCGUGAAGAAGCUGAAGCAGGACAGCGCUCAGGAGACUCACGCUAACAGCGAGCACAAAGCUAACGGAGAUGCUAACGGCGAGCAUAAAGCUAACGGUCACACCAGCAGCAUGGAGGUGGAGAGUCAUUGAACGCAUCUUCAACUGCAGCCAUGACCUUUUCUGCACAUGUUCUGUUCAAUGUUUGUACAUGUGAAGUCAUGUUCUCCACUUUUAUUGCACAUGUUUGACAGCUUUCAAUACUACUUGAAUACAACUUUGAAUACUACUUGAAUACAACUUUAAAUACAACUUUGAAUACUACUUGAAUACAACUUUAAAUACAACUUUGAAUACUACUUGAAUACAACUUUGAAUACUACUUGAAUACAACUUUAAAUACAACUUUGAAUACUUGACGGUUAUGUUGGUAUU